AUGGACUACUUUUCCAAGUUCCUGCGCCAGGGCACGCAGCUCGUCCCGCAGAAGCCCGUCGACCACGCCCUUGAAUUCCACCGCUCAUGGCAGCUCGUGCGCCACACCCUCGAGCACCCCGAUGAGCGCCAGCUGCUGCGCGGGAUACGCUCUACGGAGGUCCCCACGCAUCUGCAGUCAAUGGUGGACGCGCUCGUGUGGGAGACGACGCGGACGGAGGAAGGCGGGACUGGGGCGUGUAUGGAGUACCUGCUGAAGAAUGACGUCCUCGGCACCCUCGUACGACUGAGCGAGGCUGAUCGCCCGUUUGGCAUCCAGGCCGAGGUCCUGCGUGCCGUCCAGAACAUGGUCGUGCUGCUCGAUGAGCAGUUCCUAGUCCACUCCGCCGUCCAUCGCGCUGUUCUGAGGCUCCUGCGCAACUGCGUCGGCGAUGACAUUCAGGAGCAACUCGAUGGCAGAAACAAAGUAAUGGGUGCAGCGAAGAACGCAGUGCGCGUUCAACCAUCAGAAUACGAGGAAGACUUGGUCAACCUCCUCUGCAUCUUGUGCAGUCGCAUCCGCACCCACCGCGAACUUCUUAUGAUCUUCUUCCACGAUAAGCACUGGUACCGCUCCGAACCUCUAUUCGCGGUCGAGGAAGAAGAUGAAGACGAUGAAGAGGAAGAGCAUGCGCAGAAACUCGCUGAAGAGGCGCAGCGCGCUGGCUCUCCGACCCCGUCUCAUGGCACCUCUGGUCAGGCAUCCUCUGUCACGAAGAAACCCGAGUACGAAUUCUUGCUCUUCAACUACCUGCUUCGCUUCGUGCACAGAGAAGGACAGAUUGGCGACUUCGCCCGCGCAGGUUUGCUCUUCCUCAUGGACGUCGCUAUGUCCCCUGGCGAGCGUACGGCAGGCGACGACAAGGCUGAUCCCGUCUCCAAUGCCGCAGUCGCGCUCGCGGACUACAUCAUCGACGGCGAUUUCUCCGAGGUCCUUGGCGCUGGUCUCGGCGCUGUAUACUCACUGCUACCUUCCAAACUCGAAUUCCGUCUACCGCCGGAUACUACUCCUGGAAGCGGUAUGACAAUUGGUGCAAGCAUGCCCAACACCGAAGAGGAAAAGCAGGAACUAGAGGAACAAAGGCAGCGCUCGCGUGCGAUGGGUGUGGAAGAUGCGUACAACCCCGACUUCAAGGGCCAGCUGGACCACUUCCUCAAACUUCUCGAAUUUCUUCAGGAUGUUCUCCGCCGCAACAGCGCGCAUGACCCAGACGUUGCGUCCCCUAUGGGACCCGCUAUCGUGCAGUCCAUCAUGGACGCCGUCCGGCGGAUCUUCCUGGAGAACGUAGUCUACCCAUCUGUGCUGGAGUGCUCGGACGCGGACGGCAGCGCGGUCGCUGUCAUGUCCUACAUCGAGGUCAUGAUUCGUACGCUGCGCGAUGGGCAGCUAGGCGACUUGCUGGUCGACUUCCUGAUCAGCGAGGACAACGACGAUGUCGUGCGUCGCCCACGGCAUCAGUCGACGAUCGACUUGGACGCAUCAGCGCCACCACAGGCGAAGUCGGCGGACAAGGCCGCGAAGUCGCGAAGGCGCCGGAGUACUGCGAUGGCCCUUCUAGAGAUGGAAGCACCCGACGCGCGCAGACAGUCAGAGUACUUCACCGCGACGGUGCGAUUCACGCUAAAGGACUUGCUCCUCUCGAACUUGCGCUCGAAGUCGCAAGCGACGGCGACCUCGGCAUUGCAACUCUUGCAGACCAUGCUUCUGCAGCACUCGCAGCUAUGUGUGGAGAAGCUGCUCAUCGUCACCUCCGACCCUAAGGCGACUUCGUUCCCCUUCCCCUCACUGAAUCCGAAAGCCAUAUCUGGCUCGCAUUUGGACGAUGAUGAGGACCCCUUCAACCCGACAUUCCGCCCUGAAGAGGACAAGGACGCCAUACCGCCGUAUCACCCAUUGUUCUCACAACCCGAAACCACCUACGCGACGCACGAGCGCGAGAUGGGGUUGUACAUGACUUUGAUUUCUCGGGUCGACCCGUCUCAUAGCGGCGACGCAUUUAGCACCGGCUACGACCACUAUCUGCGCGAUGCGCUCAUCUCGAUCCAGAGCCAGCCGGCGUACCAGCUCGACAUCGACGAGGAGGCACACAGGAAGCUGAAGCACAAGCUGAACGUCAACGACCCCGUCAUCUCCACCCUGCUCGAAUCCCUCCGCAAAUUCUUCUCCAACACGCCAGAGUACAACAUGACACUGACGGGCGUGGUCGCGACGCUCGCGCAUCAUCCUGAUCGCUCGUUAGCUGGCUGGCUCACCUUCGCCCACAACGAGCUGCCAGACAGCGCGAAGCAGGGUGAGUCGGUGCCUGCCCCGAUGGACGAUGGCGACGACCGGUCCAUCGACUUCAAGGUGGAGAACGACCUCGCGAAGGACCUCGUCUUCCUCCCCGCCUCCAGCGUUGACGACGACUCACGCCCCGUGGUGCACACCAUCUACCACGGCCUCGUCGCCCAGCUCGAGCGCUACCGCCAGGUCGUCGAGAACUUCGACCAGUACCUCCGCGAGCGGCGGCAGGGGCUGCUGUUCUCGGAGAACCUCUCCGACGCGCUCAGCCUCGCGCUCGAGAUCUCGGGCGAUCAGGUCGUGCCCGUCGUGCAUCAGGAGCCCGUAAGGCAGAAGCAGAAGAAGCCGUCGACGGGGUCGUCGUUCGUGUCCUUCUUGCAGGAUCUUACGCCUAGAAAGGUCAGGCCGCACAAGCCGAGUGUCUCGCAGGAGCCCAUGACGCCUCCGCGGCGCGACACUGGGCCCUCGAACGUCUCGGCGAGCCCCUUCGGCCCUCACUACCGCCGUACGAGCUCGAUCAACGUGGAGCCCUUCGUCGCGCCUGCGCCAACUUCAGGUCCCUGGACGCCCGCGAAGUCGUCGAAGACGUGGGUACCCGAGGACGAGGACGUCUUCACCUCCGGGUGGGGCGAGCGCACGGAGGCGCAGGCCGAGCCCGAGCAAGUCGACGAGGCACAGGAGAAGCCGCCGACGGUAACGCUGUCGCAGUUGUUGGACAAUGUUGUUAUUCUGGAAGAGAGCAUCAAGGAGCUGGUGGCUGUCAUUCAUGCGCGGAGGAGUUUGGGGAUAGACUCGGUUCGGUAUCUGUAA